CUGACACUGCAAUAACAUGGUCGAACACACCAGUUUUUAAAGACAAUGGUUCCAGAACCAACUACUUCUUGUCCUGGGUCGGCUUUAUAAUUCAUUUUCUCACUUCUUUUAUCUAAUCUUCUGUCGUUUCUUCCUGCAUUGUCUAUAGCUGUUCCAAAGCAUACUCUCUCAACUACCUAUAAUCGUUUGCUUCUUUGCUGCACUUUCGCUAUGGGUUCUUUUAUCCCAAACCCGUGUCGCUCCUUUAUGAGUGAUAACAUAGCCGGUGCAUCACCGGAAAUUGUGCAAGCGAUCGUCGCUGCGGCUACUGGACAUGUUCCGCCAUAUGGAAACGAUACCGCCACAGGCGCCGCUCGUCAAAGGCUGCAGGAAAUAUUCGAAAAAGAAGUCGACGUCUUCCCAGUUUCGAGCGGAACAGCCGCGAACUGUAUCGGCUUGGCCUCGCUUGUCAAACCGUGGGGCAGUAUUCUUUGUCACCCGGAUAGCCACAUCAACAACGACGAGUGCGGUGCUCCAGAAGCUUUCACAGGGGGCUCUAAACUUGUUACUGUGCCUGGAAGCAAUAGCAAGAUCGAUCCUCAGUCUCUGCGAGCUGCUGUUCGCCGGAAGGCUGGUGACGUUCAUAGCGUCCAACCAUCUGUCGUAAGUAUCAGUCAGCCUACCGAAACCGGCAGUGUCUACACAAUCGCAGAACUCCACGAGCUGUGUACUAUAGCCAAAGAUACAGGGUUACGCGUGCAUAUGGACGGAGCGCGUUUUGCCAAUGCAUUAGUUCACCUUGAGGCAUCUCCAGCGGAGAUGACCUGGAAGGCCGGUGUCGACGUUCUCUCUUUUGGCUUGACAAAGAACGGCGCAAUGACAGUCGACAUCGUCAUCUCUUUCGAUCCUGCCUUGGCAUCUGAGCUGGCCUUUCGGCAGAAGCGAGCUGGCCAGCUGGCGUCAAAGAUGCGCUUUCACACUGCCCAGAUUGAAGCCUACCUUGCGGACGGAUUAUGGCUGCGAAAUGCCCGUCACGCGAAUGGUUUGGCUCUACGGCUGGCUUCUGGCCUACGGAGUGUUCCUGGGCCUGAGGUUUUGCAAGAUCCAGAAGCCAACAUACUUUUCUGCCGCCUGGCUCCAGCUGUAAUAAAGGAAUUGCUUUGCCAGGGCUAUCAGUUUUACGACGAUCGCUGGGAACCGGGAACGGUUCGCUUUGUGACAUCCUUUUCACAUAGCCCGAGUAGCGUAGAUGAGCUUGUUAUGGCUGUUGGAUCCUGUUACAGCAAGAUGUUGUAG